AUGGGUGAACCAGGUCCAUCUGAGACCCGGCAUCCCUUGUCAGCCCAGAAGGCCAAGUGGCGAGCCCAAAGGUGUCUUCUUGCAGAGCUGGCUGAUAGCAAAUCCUCAUCUGGGGCUUCGCCCCCCUCUCAGCUAAGCACGAUCACUCUGGAGGACCUGGGGCUCCUCCUGGAAGAAGGGCUGGCCAGCCCUGAGCCCCUGAGUCUGGAGAUCUCGGAGAGGUACAAGCCCAGCCGCCUGGCGUCCACCACUUCUGUCCCAGAGCAGGACACCCCCAAGCGCUGGAAGCAACUGGAGCAAUGGGUGGCCGACUUGCAGGCCGAGGUGGUGUCCCUGCGGGGACACAAGGACCACUGUGAACGUGCCACACGGAGCCUGCUACAGGAGCUGCGUCAGGUGCAGGCCAGUGUGCAGCUGCAAGACUCAGAGCUGAGGAAGCUGAAGCAGGAGGUGCAGCAGGCAGCUUGGGCCCCUGAGAAGGAGGUCCUGGAGUUCCCCAGCCCCCAGAACCAAAACAAGAUGCAGGCACUGGACAAGAGGUUGGUGGAGGUCCGGGAGGCCCUGACCCAGAUCAGGAGGAAGCAGGCACUUCAGGACUCUGAGCGGAAGGGCACCGAGCAGGAGGCGAUCUUCAGGUUGACCAAGUUGUCCGAGAACCUGGAACAGGAGGAACAGAACCGGGAGGUGGCCUGCAGUGCUCUGCAGAGGAGCCAGGAGGAGGCCAGCCAGAGGGUGGACCAUGAGGUGGCCAGGCUGCAGGCCCAGGUGACCAAACUGGGCGAAGAGAUGAGCCUUCGCUUCCUCAAGAGGGAGGCCAAGCUGUGUGGCUUCCUGCAGAAGAGCUUCCUGGCCCUAGAGAAGAGAAUGAAGGCCUCAGAGAGCACGCGGCUGAAGGUGGAGAGCAGCCUGCGGGAGGAGCUGGAAAGCAGGUGGCAAAAUCUCCAGGAGCUGGCCGAGGAGCGUGUGCGCGCCAUACGGGGGCAGUGCAAGCAGGAAGAGUGCUACCUCCUGGAGCAGUGCCGGGGCCUGGACAGGGCUGUGGUCCAGCUGACCAAGUUUGUGCGCCAGAACCAGGUGUCGCUGAACCGCAUCCUGCUGGCCGAGCAGAAGGCCCAGGACACCAAGGGCCACUUGGAGGAAAACCAGGCUGGGGAGCUGGCUGCCUACUUGCAGGAGAACGUGGAAGCCAUGCAGCUGGCCAGCAAGCUGGCCCGACAGGAGACGCACAGCACACUGGAGUUGCUCCAAGAGAAGAGCCAGGCCUUGGAGGGGUCCGUGGCUGAGCUGAUCAGACAGGUGAAGGACCUGAAUGACCACUUCUUGGCCCUGAGCUGGAGGCUGGACCUGCAGGAACAGACGCUGACCCAGAGGCUGUGCGAGGCAAAGAGUGAGUGGGAAGGCACAGAGCAGAGAUCGAUGGAGGGCCUGGCCUGGUGUCGGAAGGAAGCCCAGGCAUACCUGAGGGAGGUGCAGGAGACAGUGGGCAGCCUGCCCCAGCAGAUAGAAGCCAUCUCUGACAGGUGCAUCCUGCACAAGAGUGACUCAGACCUUAAGAUCUCCGCUGAGGGCAAAGCCAGAGAGUCUGAAGUUGGGGCCAUGCGGCAGGAGCUGGCAGCUCUGCUGUCAUCCGUGCAGCUGCUCAGGGAGGGCAACCCUGUGCGGAAGAUUGCCGAGAUCCAGGGCAAGCUGACCACGUUUCAGAACCAAAUAAUGAAAUUAGAAAACAGCAUCCAGGACAACAAGACCAUCCAGAACCUCAAGUUUAAUUCAGAAACCAAGCUGCGCAUGGAGGAGAUGGCCACACUGAAGGAGUGCCUGAUGCACCUGUGGAGUGAGGAGGGCCCGUGGGCCCUGACGCUGGGCAGCAGGAAGGUCCUCAUGUCCCUGGUGAGACAGCAGUUCGUCAAGGAUGUGGCCUCUGGUGAGGUGGUCCCCGUGAACCGCUGGGGCGUGUAUCAGGCCGUGAGGUGGCUUCAGUGGAAGGCGGUCCUCAUGAACCAGGUGGCCAAGCGGAGGCCAAGAACAGUCUUGGAGAGGUCCCUUGGCCAGGAGCCUGCCCGCCACCAGCUCACAUUCUUGCCCCUUUCCCAAAAAUAAACAUGCCAGCUCCUGUAUCUGUCAGAGCCUGGAACUCCCUCCAGGGGGUCGGGAGACUCAGGUGGUGGGAGUGACCAAGAGGAUCCAUCCUCAAGGCCUAUCCACCCCCAGACUCCCAGGAUGCCCUUCUCCUGCCCAAGCCCAGCUGAGCCCCAAGCCCAAGCAUUUUCCUGGGCCUUCCCGCCAACAGGCACAGCAGCCUGGGAUCCACACCCACUCCUAUCAGGUUCCCCAGCAGUCAGGACAGCCCAGCCUCAGGAUCUGUGCCUGUCAGCCAUGCCCUUCACACCUGCGAGAUGCCCAGCAGAGAAGCAGCU